AUGUUGGCCGGCCGAUCUGGCAAGCUUGUUGAGGCGCUGUCAGGUUCAACCACUUAGUUUGCUUAACAACACCUCAAGGGAUGAAUAUUUCUCAGCCGACUGAGGACAAGUCCUCUCUUACCCUGCCAAAACAUACGAAUAUUUCAGGUUCAAAAGCUAUGUUGCUUAAAGGUUGUAAGCUUCCGCUUUGUUAUCUUUUUAGCUGUCGCAUCUCAUGCUCCUGAGGAGUUGAAGUCGCAUCAGUAUCGGCGGAGGGCACAAUCCGGUAACAUCUGAAAGUCCAUUAACGCAUACUUUUGUCUGAAUCCCUAGUGGGAAAUCUAUAUGAGGCGACAAUUGUUGCAAUAGGUAUAACCGACUAAUAGUGGAUUUUUGCAUUCUUUUCACCAAGAAGACAACAGCGAAAAGUUGCGCAAGCAUCUAGUCUGGCUAAUAAGGAGCAGCUCAAAGUUACUUAAACGUUUGUACACCAUGGGCUUGCUCGCAAUCAAGCAGCAGUCCACAUCUACUGACCUGGCGCGAUUUGGUACAAAGGCGCCAAAGUGGAUUUCUGCACAUUAGGGCUGCCUUUGCCAAGCGCCUAGAAAAGUCCCUAGGUGUUCUCAGAAAUCAGUGAAGUAGGCCUGGCUCCAUUUUGAAUGAGACUGGCGGUAGAACCUAUUAUCGUUUUAAUAUAGGACUUUGAUUUAGAACAGAUGCCAGGCCCAUCAUGCCAGUCACCAAGACCGCCGCAUGCGAAUACGUCAAAGGGUUGCAUAGGUUAAACUUUUCCAAUAAACGUAAAAUUGAAAAUGCAAUAAAUGUAGCUGCAUAUGGUUUUGUUGGGCCCGCAAUUUAUAAAAUGAUACAUCUUGGGGGUUCCUUGGAGGACGGUGGGACGGAGGGCAUUUCCAUGCGUGCAUAGUAGAUGUAUACUUGGUUAAGUCGAUAAUAUUAGAUCUGCCGCUGAACAGCCUCCUAUCGCAACUUUUCGUUGUUUCCUUAGCGAAAAAGUGCAAAUAUCCACUCUUAAUCGGUCAUACCUAUCGCGACAUUUCCACAGCUACUCAUUGUUGCCCCAAUAUGGAUUUACUAGUAGAGGUGACAGUGAGUCUAGUUAAAGCCUCGGGUUCUUGUUUUGGGUUUAUCUAGCCAUGCGGGCCUUUUGCGAAGUUGGCUAUUGUUAUGCUGGAUUUUGCCAGUUUAUGCAUCUUUUGUGAAAACGACUUUCAAGCUGGUAAUUUCAGCCACGAAAUCAGGUAAAGGUGGGCUGAAAAUGUCCAGGAUAGGUAGUGCAAUGGCAAAGAAUUGUCUUUUCUUGUCCGGGAUUCGUUAUGCAGAGCAUGUCAGCCGUUUCCAUUUAAAUUGUAUUGUCAGGUAAUUGUUUGUGAUAUCGAGACCGACAGUGCCUGUAAUCUGAACUCCAGUCAAAUGUUUUAGGCGAGACUCGUUCUAUGCUGCAAAUAUUAACACACUCUGACCUGAUCGGUUAUAUUCUAUUUCACAAUGUAUCCCAUUACUCUAAAUAGCAGCGCAGUCGUUUUUAAUUCCUCGCCAUACUUCUGUUGUCGGCGGAUUUUUCAUGAACAUUUCGUCCUUUAGAUUCUUGUGACUGGCCAUGAAAUCAUCUUUUUAUGAUUUGCGAAAAGUACGUUAGGAUGCAUUUAUCGGGCAACUGCGUAUACGAGUUGUUGUCGUGCCUAAUUUUUUAACGACCCCGCGAUUCUCGCCUUUCAUCUGCAGCGCAUUUGUUUCCCUUCUUAUUCCAAAAGUUAGCAGGAAUCCUACUAAAUUGACCAAACGUGAAGUUUCCCUGACACCCAAAAGGACUACGGCAAUCUCCCAGGUAUAUGCUGUUCUGGCUUAUUUCUCCCAAAGGCUGAUGCUGUGGACGAUUAUUUCAUGCAACAUGUGUCCGGUGCUACGACAAAGACAAGCAAGAGGACCUUAGCUAAACUUCGCACGCUCGAUGGAAAGGGCCUACCUGAUCCGGAGACCCUCGAAUCGAUCCUUUCAAAAUUCAAGCCAUCAUGGGUCGGACUGAUAAAACGCCGACAGACUGAAAUUAUCACUUCCCUAUUUCCGAAAUGGCUUGCAUACUUAAGGUGAGUCGAAGGUUAUAUUCUUACCACUUUGUUUCUCUGUUGUCUUUUUGUCGUCCAAGUGCAUUCUAAGCUACUUAACCGUUUCCGCUUCAUCUCCGCGCUCUUAUUCGUGACAAGUAGUGUCCACUUGUCAGUCGAUUUACUCGAAGCUGCGCGUUUUUAAUUAGGUGAUUAUCUGGUUUGCUUAUAGUCCAUGUGGACAUUGCUGUUGCAAUGAGCCUCUUGUUUCGCUUAAUCUGCCCCUACCUGCACGACACUGUUUUCCUUCACUUCGAUGCUCCACUUUUCCACGACACAGUUUGUAGACUUUAAAAAGAUCUACAUUAAACUCAGGUACAGUUUUCAUUGACAAACUAUUGCAUAAUGUGUUCUGGAUAAGACUACAGAUUGAGAAGUUGCAACCGUAUGGUUUCCACAAGGAAAUUUGGGCAGUAGUCAGUCGGUCGGAACACCUAAAUGCUGAAAUAGCAGUUUACGUGAUUUGGGUUUAUUCUAUGUAAGUGUUUCUGAGCUUCUUACAGGAGUACCUCGAGCCCAUUCAAACAGUGGUCGAUUGACUCGUACAAACCUUAUGUUCACGAUUGUGCCAGCGUUAGAUCUCAACUAAUGCCUCUGUCUAAAAAAGUGUCAUUUAAGAUUCUUUAAUCCAUGCCAUGUUUAGGUCUUCGUCGGACAUCAUUUCAGGCUACUAGACUCAGUUUAGCAGACCCUUAUUCCCUUUUCUGCUCGUGCUCUCGAUUCCAGUAGGAUCGCCCGCCUCUCAAGCACCAGCCUUAUUUUAGGCUGUGCUUUUAAGUUUUGCCUGCGUAUGCAAACGUAGCGUAUCAAGUGUUUUUCCUGAUCUGGCUUUGUCGACUGGAAGUGACCUCUCCAACUGUACAAUCCACUCUUUCCUUCAGAGAGGGAUUCAACCUUCUGAUGUACGGUGUGGGCUCCAAACGCGAGCUCAUCUCUCGUUUCCGAAAGGAUUUACUCGCUGGGGAAAACUGCAUCGAAGUCUCCGGUUACCUACCGACAAUCGGGAUGCGUCAGGUUCUGACAUGCUUCUGCCUAAUCCGGACUUUCCUAGAUUUUGAGUGCUAUACUAAGCGACAUUCUCCAAUUGUCCGACAUUCCGUCUGUCGUCGCCAAACAGCUAGAUAUAAUUUCCGACUUUUUUUCACGCCCAGGUCAGUUUGUUUGAUGCCGUUUACUUAAAUCGUUCUUUUUAAUUGUUGUUUAGCCCGUGGCCUGAUCACAUUCUUAAACCAAGGGGUAUUCCCCUAGCAGUUUUUUUAUUUCGACGUUUAAUACUGAUACUGACUAAUCGACUAUUUGUUAGGGUCUGCCGUGAUGACAACAGAACUAAGUAAAUUGUGUGUAUUGAUGCGUCUCGUGUUAAGGGCAAGUAGAUUGGUCUCCACCAAGUAUCAUAAUAGAGCUGCCCAGAUACGGUAAUCUUAACACUGAUCCCAUAAUGCCACUGUUUUGGUGAAAUUUCUGAUGCCUAUUAAACCAACCCUCAGGAACACCCUUCUAGUAGACUGACGCUUCUAAUGCAACAUUUCAGCCGCUAUCUUCGGUUCCCCGUGCCUUUCAUUCGCAUUUUUGGUUAACUAAUGAAUCGUUUGACUGACAGAGCGCAAAAUAACACAAUGAGGCAAGUCGAGGUCUGGAAAGCCUUAUAAAGUACCACGUUCAUUUGGCGUGACAAUCAUGAAUCGUCCCGGUCUAGUGGAGGAAUAGAGAACCCAGAUUCUACCAGGCCCCCAUAAUCCCUAUCAAGAUACAUACUUCUCCACAGCGCGCAGCAUCCAGCGCUUUUGAACCGCCGCUAGUAGAUCUCGUGAUAGAUAUGCAAGCUGGCCUUCGUGAAAGGAGUUGCGUUUCGCACCCACGCAAAGCGAUGAUACCGUACAGUGCGUAUAUUGCCUGCCCCUAAGAUGCGCCUUCCAGGUCGUGACUCGUAGCACCCAAGUCCUGCGCGCUGACAAAUGCGUCCGUCUCUGUCGCUGUGUCACCGAGACGACCAUGUCUUGUCACCUGGUCGAUGUUAACCCCCGCAGCGUUGUUGCGUCAGAAUCACUAAUUACGCGCGCCGUCACGAGUGGGACUGAAACCCCCACAGCCAAAGAUUCGAUUUAACUUUCUUUGAGCAAUGUGCAUUUCCUGCCUUUCUUUCGACUCUCUUUUGUAUAACCUCGUCGUUUCUGCAUCCCUUAGGUGCAUCGGAAGCACCCCUCUACCUCCUCGUCCACAACAUCGAUGGUCGCAACCUUCGCACAGCCAAGGCGCAGGCCAUUUUAGCCCGGUUGGCCGCAGUACCGCAUAUUCAUCUCGUGGCCUCGCUUGAUAAUGUGAAUCUCCCUAUAUGUAAGCACUUUUUAUCUGAAAUACCCUCCGCCCCGGAGUACAGUAUGUAAGGAUGUGAUUCCUGUCAAGAACAGAUUCAGUAUAACUCGAAGUUCAUCUCUUGUGGGGUCACUCAUAAUCAUAGUUUUAUUAGGGUACCAUCAGCGGGUUUGGUUAAAAGGCCUUUCUCGGUAGUAUCUCCUAUUGACGAAUGAAAGUAUUUUCACAUCUUAUACUGGUUGGACUUGUAUUAAACCGUAGGCGGUCUCUAUGCUUAGGUGUGAAAUAUUGCCAUCUAACUUGCGUUUCUUUUGAUCUUCGCACUGAUUUAGGUAGAUAGCUGACCCGUUUUUAGGUCACAUUUUUUGUCUUAAAUUAUUGUCCUCUAACCCGUGCUUGGUUUAUAACUGCGCCACAUCAACUCUCCGCAGCAAUUUCUCUUGACAUUGGAUAUUUCUGCCCCUAACAUACACGAUGUAAGCCCGUGGUUCAACUGGUGUAGUGGUAGGCCCAAUGCUAAAUUGAACUCGUUUCACAACUUUGGGCCCAAAUAUUGCUGGGUGCCAGCGCCAAGUAAAUCAGGUGGCGUCACUUGUCUCGGUGCUUCACAUUAGAGUCGUAACGAGCGUGCACUUCAUUUUACGGUCUUGGCCGUACCUAGGAGUCAGUCCUGAGUCGAUGUUGGACAGUGGUUACAAAUCAUAUCAGAAAAUGCUAGAUCUCAUCUUCAGCCGGCUUAACCAUGACUUGUCACAAGCACGUGUCCGGACGGAGGGAAGAUAAUCCAGUUUAGGUCAAGCGUGUACUUUUUACCAUUAUUAAUUUAACGCAUAUCCCGAAGAGCCAGGCGUGAUGGCUGCUUUUCUUUGUGACACUCAUGGUAACCCUAACUCGUGUGAAAUUCUAGAUUAAAGAGCAAUUAUUUUUUACGUUCUUAACUGUUUGGUAUAUAGCGCGUCCGCCAAGUCAGGGCAAAAAUUUUCUGCCAUAUGGACUUGAUGUACAUCCUUUAAUUCAGAACGUCAUAGACAUCACUACUUAUCUUUAACUUCUUUUAAAGUGUGAUUCGAUACGUUCAAGACCGCUUCAUAUGCGCGAAGGGCCCAGCAUAUGUAGUACGCAUAGGUCUGUAUCCCAUACCUGUGCCCACACCCAUCUCCAGUCGUCUACCUCGUUUUGGAACUCAACUGAUAGAUACGGAUGGAUAACGUGAAUUAGGGGCUGCGCAAGCAUACCUUAUUGCAAUCCGCUUCACGCAAAUACCACUUCUGCGUUUCCUGGAAAGUGGUAGCCCUCAUCCAUAAUGACGGACAAGCUGACGUUUUUACAGCAUGAAUAUAAGUUUAGUUUGAAAAUCCAAUCGAGAAAAGGUAUUGGACCGCAGCCAGUGAAAAUCUAAGGCAUUGGCUUCGGAGGUAUGAUCCGAUGCGAUUAUAUUUCCUUGGUUAGAAGUGAUGCAGUCGCGCCACUUUGUAGGUAAAGUUUUUCCUAAUCUCGCAUGACAGGAGUUAGUUCGUUGUUACCCCGGCACCCAAGGGUCGAGCUCGUGAUCCAGUCCCUAGUCAAUAAAGAUCCUGGUUCCGAACGCCGUGCUUUUAUGACCUUUCCUGGCCGGUUACCGACUUCAAAUAAACCAAAACUGGCUAUCUCGUGUUUCUUUGCUUUGGUGGUCACACUUGUUGGUUUCUUCAUUACCCAAGAGGGUGGUGCCGUUGAUUGGUUGCACCCCAGCUGACGUGCUGAACUUUUUAACUUCGUCUUCUUAUCCACUUUAGUAUGGUCCCAAACAGAACUCAGUCGAUUCUCAUGGUUAUGGGAGGACUGUUCUACGCUAGCACCCUAUGCCGAGGAGGCGAGUUUUUCAAACAGUCGCCUGCUCCAACAGAUUCUAAAUGGCCGGAGCUACGCAGUUGACAACCAUCUCUUUCCAAACGAUGUCGACGUAGCAUCGCUUACCAGGCUACGUCAUGUGAUGGCGUCGUUAACACAAAAUGCUCGUGAAAUAUACCGCCUUCUGGCUGAAUUUCAACUUCAGGCAGUCGAAGAGGCAGUACAGCGUCGAAAAAUCACCGCCAAGGGCAACAAAUCGAGAGAAUCCGAGGAGCCUGGUACGUCGACUAACCACGCUGCCAACCAUGUUUUUAUAUUUUGUGAUCUUACCCACAUUUUGUACAGCAUUCAUACCCCGGUUAGGGUGCCAUGUGUUUCUGCUCUGGUCUACCGUUUAUUUGUAAUGUUAGUGCCUACGGUCUAUUAAGUUGGUUGCACGCUAUAGUUUAUCACGUCAUAUAUUGCAGUCGGCAGAGGAACAAGUGGACGUGGACAGGGGGGGUUUUGAAAAUGAGGAUUUUCUUUAUGUGUAUUUGUUUGUAUAGGUAGUCACCCCAGUCUAGACUUAAGCAAAAAAGUGCUGGGUCUGCUAAGUGGUGGAUUGUUUUCUGUCCGGAAUUCAUUGACGAGCAAAAAUAAGUUAUCUUGAUCCAACGACAUCUUUUUACCCUAGUAUGUUUUGCGACUAAGUGCGCCACAGGAUUUUAUAAUUUUCACCCGAAUGCUUAGGACAUUUUCACUCAGAAUGAGCAUUCAAGGCGGCUGUGUUCGACAAAGAGCGACUUGUUAUGUUUGCCUAACGAUGGGUUCUUGCUCUUGUUACAUGCCUACCCUGUGUUUGUUUCCUGAUAAGGGCAUACGAAUUCUUACUAACUGGUUUCAGUGUUUGCAUCAGUGCCUACAAUCUUUAACUGUCUUUACUCGCUUCACAAGUUAAUGCUACUUCCCCGUGUUCGUGGCAUUUGCCUUUUACUCCAGCAGUCCAAGGAAUGCCGUUAGAGGAGCUUUACUGGCGAUGUCGCGAUGCCUUUCUUGUGAACAGUGAGGUCACACUUCGAGCACAGCUGACUGAAUUCAAGGACCAUAAGCUGGUUAAGUUUUCAAAGGUAAGUUGGCCGUUAUUUCGAAAAACUGCAUACGAUGGCCUAGCCUUUGCAGCUUGCAACACAGUACAAUAUUCGUGGUUGGUGUGGAGCUAUGUAAAACUUCAUGUCGCAAGACUUCGUAAUACAAGAUUCGCGAAUACAUUCCAGGUCCUUCCAAAAAGAAGACUAUAAGCACUAAAGCAGGUCCUUGUGCGUGCUUUACUCGCCGUGGUUGGCACACGUUCAUGUUUCUUUCUGUUGAAGCACGCACUUAUACGACCUAAGACGGUCAUUCUUCGUUCGCAGCUUAAAUGAUUCCCGGGACUGACUUGAUUUUGGUGAAUAAUUGCUGAGCAGCCGUGGUUCUCGACUCUUGCUCGGUGCUCAGUUCAUAUGAAGAGUGGGCUUUGUUUGAGCACGCUGUUGCCGGUUUCCUCCCGUGCGCCACCCCAGACACAAAUCUUAAACCGACUAACGGGUGCACAGAGCGCCCGUGGCUUCCGGAUAUACCGAAUUUUGCACACUGUCCUCUAAGACAUUGCGGGCUCCGAGUGCUGAGACAAGCGGGUAUCAGUGACCUUGACCCGAACACUGCAACGAACCUCUGACGCAGAUAUCUAUUUGUUUAGCCGGUAAGACUUUUCAAUGACCAGUCUGAAGAUUUAAACGACAGCGUGGCCUGUAAUCUCAUUCCGCGCCAAAGUAACAUUUCGCUGCAGUCACCAGCCCACUUUCUUCAUGUACUAUACUUCGCACGGUGUCCUACAUAUACAGAAAAGAGGACUUCUUCUCCUUGGUAGGCCCCCGAACCCCAUUGCGCAACCCAUCCCAUCAAACAGAGCAUGGUUCAAUCCAAAUUAUCAAACGUCGAAUUAGGCCCCUUGGGAUGUUAAGUAAGCCUCUGUUCGGAUUUGAUAGUAUUGCGGAUUGUUGUAGAAGAAUAUAAAGCGAGCUCAAAGAGCCUUCUCCCGCAUAUUUUACUCAUAGUUCGUUCUCUGCAUUUGCGCCAAAUCAUGCAUCUGAUUGAACGAAAACGAAUUCGAACUUCUCCGGGCAUCGGUCUUCCGUUUUUCUUCAUCAGCCUCUUCUCGCCCGUCGUCGAGUCCUUCAGCCAGCAUGUAUCAAGCCGAAUUUCGGUUCGACAGUGCCUCAGACUCCUGAGGUAGUAAUGUGUAGUUUUUAGUAACUUGUGCAGCUAUCUGCCGAUACAAACUAUGGAAGUGGGUAAACACGCACACGCUGACCCUCCUUGUGCAUCGUUUUCUGCCACCGCAAUUGAGUCUGCGGUUUGUUAAUUGUGCAUUCAUGUUCGUUUCAGAGCCCAGACGGUACUGAACUGCUGAAAAUACCAAUGGACAAAGAAAGUCUGAAGGAGGUUUUGCACAAUAAGGAAGCCUUUGGCUGA